AUGGAACCAUGGCGGAAACGAGGGUUUGUCCCAGACUCGGACGAAGAGGAAGAAUUCGACACUUUAGACGUGCAAGGUAUAGCCGACGGCGUGGUCCCUGACGCCGAAGAUGAGGUCGACUUGGAGUACCUGCCUAUCCCGAUAGCCCAUACGCUCGAGCCGAACAAGAAUGCAAAGGAACAACCCGAAGGAAAACCUUCCCCGAUACAAGUUGACAGCGAGGGUGCACGGAGAGGCUCGGUAGAGUUGCUAUCGACACCGGCCACCAACUCCAGACAGUCCAAGCUAGAAGCAGAUACUGAACGCUCUGAGCGGACGGACGGGCGUGGCAAUACCCCCGAUGACAAGCCACGACGUGACCGCAAGACAUACGGAAGGCGAUCCUCAGCUGUCAAGCGACACUCGCAUAUUGAGGUCCAGGUCCCCGCGCCGAGCCUCCGGAAAGAUGCUGGUGUAUGGGAAAUUCCAAGUUCUUCACCAGAACAGGAUGGCUCUGCGAGCAAUCAACUCCGCAGACAAUUGUCCAAAAGCUACACACCCUCGAAACAUUCCUUGCCUUUGAAUGCUGCACAAUUCACGGCACAAGAUGGAGAAAAUCGGAAAAAAGAUAACGCAUCUAGAGACUCAUCCCCGGACGAGUUGAAUGUUGUGGACGAUACAAAUGUCAACUUAUCCUCUAAUGACCACCGUGCUGACGAUGCAUUGGAUCACGCCUCAAACGACGGCGAAACACGCAAUAGAGCCUCUCAGCUGUCUGAUGGCCUGAAUAAAAUUGACAUUGAGGAUUCUUCGCGGCCAGCUAACUUGGCCGAGAGCCCCGUUAUGCCCGGUGGAAAAGAGAAUGUAGAGGAACAUGCAGACGUUGCUGAGGACCCAUACGAUGACUCUCCGUUAUCAUCUCCGCCUGACUCACUUGACUUCCAUCUAGAGGAUUCGGCUCCCCGUCCUGCUGCCGGGGAACCUCUGAAUGGCAUUGCACAGCCUGAAACUAUAGAGAUGGACAUUCCAGACGAAAUCCUUCGGGAAGUGACACAGCCGGUGCGACGGAGCUUUAGAGAACGAAACGCAAUCCAGUUGCAUCCCUACGCACUCGAGAUGGCCCAAUACCAAAGGCAGAUGAGGGAACGAGGGGUGAAGCCUAUUCGAAUGACCGAGGAAGAGAAGAAACGGCGAGCUGCUGAGGCAUCCGGCGAGAGCCAGGAGCAGGACUCCUUCACUCCAACUGGUCCAGGAUCUAGUCCACCCCCAGAGGAGUUUCUUCGCUCAAGCCGAUGUCAAGAGCACCCUAAUGGUGCAAAUGAGCUUCGUAGUCGCCAAAGAACUCCCAUUCGAAGAACCUACUCUUCCAAACGAAGGAAGAAGUCACACAUUGGAGAUUCCCAAGGAUUAGAAGCUCUGGAGAGCGUCGUCCCAAGCAAAGAGUGUCCACCGCCUUCUGGAAGUCUCCCAUCAACCGAAAAGCCGCCAUUUGACCCAAAUGUCUUUCGAUUUCCACCUGGAUUUACGCCGCCUCCAACUACAAAUACGGAAGGCAAUUCGAGAACAACGAACACCGAAGUCGAUGUCACUCACGAGAACGACUUUGCGGAUUCAGCAACUGGUUCUGUAGCAGCGGAAGAUAGAAACGAAGAGGAAACAGGAGAUGAUGGAACUGAUUCAGAGCCGUCGCAUAUAUCAGACGAAGAGACGGUUGAGGAACGCGAGAUCCGACUGUUGCAGCGUCGCACGCGUGGUGUCCUUCCCGCCUCCUGGGUUCGAGUCCACGCUCAGCAAAGCUCAGCAGAUCGGCAAAGAGAGAUCCAACGCAGAAAAGUUGCCGCAGCCCAGCGGGCUGAUGGCAAGGGAGUUGCUAAGAAAAUCAUUCGGAAACCUGGUCAGCCGGGAGGACCAGGCUCAGGUCAGCGACCUAUUCUACUCGACUUUAGCGAUUCUGAUGACAGUGACGACGCAAACCAACAAAUUAAUGACCCCGUUCGCGAUAAUAUGUCCGACGAGGGUUCACGGGGGAAACCUCGUGGGCCCUUUGGCUUGCCGGACCCAUUCUCAGACGACGAUGAAAACAUGGAGGAUAACCGAAUCGAUAACAUGUUCCCUGUGGCUUCAAGCUCGGGCCACAGACCUGAACCCAGUGAAAGGCGAAGAGCCUUGAAGCGUCCAACGCCAAAAGAUAGUGCGAUGCAAAAAGAGAAAAACACAAAACGGGCCCGGUUCAAACGACAGACCAGGAUUACCGAAUCCGCCGGAGUACGUCGAAUAAAGUCGUCCUCGAAGUCUUCCAAUCCAUCUUCAAAGUCAUCCUCAAAGCACUCCUCAACUCGCCGACCCAAGUCAUCUACCAACUCAGCUCCCAGAUUGGGUAUCCUAGAUGCCCCUGAUGUGGCUCAUCGCCCGCGUCAAGAACAGCCUCAAUUUUUACGCGUUGCAGCUCGAAGAGCGCGGUCACGGCAAGAUAGCGGCCGAGCAAGUCCAACCAGAAAGUUCAUCUCUCUUAGCACACGGGAGGACACAGCAGAUGCAAACAAAUCUUUGCAUGAAUGGAGGGGUGGAAGUAUACGGCAAGCGAAACUCGAUAAACCGAAGCGGCAGCCAAAAAGGCGUCAGCCACCUUCCAAUCUUGCGAAUGGUAUCCGUCGAGCGGUAACGAAUAACAAAAGGACCAGCGAAGAAAGGAAUCAGCUGUUUGCUCCGGAGCAGGAUGUCAUUGACGUCGACAUGGAUCAGGACGUUGAGCAGGAAAAUGCCCCGGCAGGUGGAGAUGUACCUCCCGCAACUGCACCGAGUACCCACACAGUUGAUGCUCGUUCUCGACACAUUCGACGACUAGAGCGCAGAGGGAACGAGUGGAUAAUACAUAGGAACCGCGGAAUCAUAUCCCUCAAGCGGACCGAGCCUCAUUCUGCGCCCAUGCACGUUGCAGGCUUGGAUAAUCUGUCAAAACCAGCAUCAGUGUUCAGUCAGAGCCUCAACCGGCUAAAUCGUGACUACCGCAUGAAGCAGUCAUCACAAGGGUCUAAGCCAAGUCUCACCCUAGAUCGAUUCAUUGCUGAUCAAAGACUCCGUGGAUCAUUCUCUCAGACCGUUCCAAGCUCUUCAGCUCCUGCACUGCCGGCGAACAGAAACCAGCUACCAGCUGCACCGUUGCAGCGGCCUCCUCGUCGUGAGAAACGAAAAGCCGUGCCCCGUCGUAUCGACCAAAGUGCUAAGGAUGUUGCGGAAUCUUCAAAUCAUGGUUUGGAUCUUUCGCCUUCUGAUGCUCCUGCGUCAUUCGCAACCCCCCAGACGCCUGGCGGACCCCCAAGGUCUUCUUUUGGAGUGGGUGGACUCUUCAACUGGCAGCCUUCUUACUCCGUUGACUUUGGCACCUUACCCUUGCACUCCAGUACUUUCUUCCACGAAUCGACUUUCAUAGGCAGUGGCGAGUUCAAACGCUCUUUGGACAUCACGAAAAGAAAUAUGGAUUGCGAUGGAGGAACAUUCACGUUCCAUUUUAAGAGCCAAACUUUCCAUUGGGGAAGCUGGAAUGAGACUGUUUCCUCGCAGUUGGGGACUGUGUUUCAAGAAAUGUGCCAAGAUAUCGAGCAAAAUGUGAUAUGUGCACCGGAAGCAAGCUCAGCAGCUACAUUGAGCCCGUCGCAGCUUAUUUUCCGGUCUGUCAUCUCUUAUGUCACUACGACUGCAUGGUUCAUUGAUCCGGUCGACCGCAAAGCGUUCUUUAAUCGUGCUAUGAAGCUGGCUUGGCGAUUGCAAGAUUCGAUUCGCCCUUUCCUUGCGGGUGAUCACAACAGGUCUGGUGUUAUGAUGCUUUCAUGCUACAACAUGGUGUUCGCGAAUCAACUUCGUCAAGUUGGUUCACACGAACUGGCUGGUCUCGCCGCUGCAGAUGAUGCGGUAGAUCUAGUAAAGGCGUCAGCUCGUGAUACGCUCACAUUGCUAAUGUGUGAUAUCGGUCUGUUAGAGCUUCACAAGCUGUCAGUCGAAAGCAGGAAGAAAGAGGGACUUGCGAUGGGAGGAAUUCGCGAGCAGUUCCCUUCUGCCGCCGCAUUCGUCAUGGUGGAACAACUUCUUCACAGCUCCGACCUGUACAGGGGAGUCUUCACCGAGGCAGAGUUAGAAACUUGUGUUAAUGGCCUUGUCCAGAACCCGAAAGACGUUGUCAGCUUAGAAUCGGCCUGGCGGGCCUUGUUCACAGUGCUACCUCUGAAUGAGUUUGAUCAAGAUGGCCUUGUUCGCCGGGCUCAGGAUUCUCAAUUCGGAAAUGCUCACGAAAAUUGGCCUCUUGUCAAGGAGCUAUUGUCACCUGCUUUGAACAGCUUUGACACGAAUUCCGCGACCACUCCGAUGUCUUAUAAUAAUUACUGCAAGACUCUGUUUCAUCGCUGCCACCACUUGAUCAACGCGUGGGGUUGGAGGGACUGCAAACCUAUUCUUGACGUCCUCUACGAUUUCUUUGCUGCCAGGCUACUGUACAACAUGAAACACGAAGACGUCCGUGGAUCUCCGCCGUUCCUUGACCACCUCGACCAAAAGCCUUCCUUAGAGGUGCGACCAGGAGAACCAUGUUUUCACACCGUGCUCAAGAUCAUAGCAAGUGGGUUCCAUUUUCUUUCUCUGAAGUAUGAAAACAAGAAGAUCCGCAAUUUCGCCUGGCGUCUUCUCCCUAAUCAUGGGCGUGUUUAUCCCAAAGAGCAGCCUCUCAAUACCCAAGACCUGGAUGCUCUGAGAAAUCACCACGAUCUGCUGUGCACAUUGUACUGGGCUGUUCCAGAUGGAUGUCGACCCCGUGUCGAAACAAUACGCGAUCUAGUCCACCCGGCUGCCUCUCAUCGCGAGACUUGUGAUAUCAACCUGCGUUCCUGGUCGAGGCUUGUUCGCUUCAAGUUAUCAACCAAGGAGGAUGUAUCUGGACUGGAUGUCUUCGCAGAUUGGCACAGCUUUUUCGUCACAGAGCUCCGAUCGCAGCACGCACAUGCUCGCAAGGAAAUCGAGAGCCAGGCGAAAGAUGACAAGUGGAUUUCUAAGCAUCAAAUUGAAAGCACCAUCUCCAAGAAUCAGCGACAGAUUGAAUCCCUUCUGAAGACGGCAAUAUCUGGUCUGAGAACUGCUGUGGAACAAGCUCCUUCGUUAGACCAUGCCUACAGACUUAUCGUGAAGACCCCUUUCGACUCAUUGCUUGGAAUGUUCAGUACAAAGUCUCCCCGAGUCAAUGCCGUUGUCUCCGAUACCUUGAAGGUGAUCGUGGCUUAUAUCGACAAGGAUUUCAUUGCACGAACCCCAGAUACCCAAAUCGCUGCCGCUCCUCCUAUAAAUGAAGACAGCCAGGAAUUUGAUGACAUUGAUGACUGGAAUGAGAUAGAUGCCGCUUUAGGCCAGCAGAGUCUACCGAGCGAGGCCAUUGAACACGUGCAGAAAGUUUUGCGUCCGGUUGUUUUCCAGUCCGUGUCCAACUGCUUCGGCGAGGAUAACUACCCAGAAGAUAAUAUUUUGAACGAUGUCCUGCAAUGCUGGACGUCGGUUGCAAAAAUCCUCAUCCAUCAUGGAUUGCAACGGUGGGACAACUAUCUUGAUCCAUUCGGGGAUGAAUCUUGGACUAGGCUACGAGACACUGUGCAGACCCGAAACUUUGCACCCCUUUUCUUGGCAAUGUGUGUUGGGAAAGAUGCAAGGGUGAUCUCCGAUUGUCGGAUUCUCGUAAUGGGGAUGUGGAUGUCGUCUUUGGUUGAGAGAACGUCGAUGCUGAAAUACCAGCAUCGCCUUACUGAGGCUCUGCUGAACAGUGCCCCCUUCGACCCUCUCGUCCAGAAUCUCCCCUUCACCAAGACCAAGGGUGAGGACAGUUACGAAAUCACAUUGACUGAGCUUUCUCAACGGCGGGUAUCACUCAUCUCAAGUAUUCUUUCCAAUAUGCGAGAUCAUGUGCAGCAAAUGGAGCUCCACCGAAGCUCGGAGUUGUCGGUCACGAAAGAAGACUAUUCUGACAUUCUGCACCAAUUCAUGAAAGCAAUGCAGAAGAAUUACCGAGAAACUGGAAACGGGGAUCCGGAAGCUGCCCGGGGUGCCUACGUGCAAUUUGUGCAUCAGGUCAUCAGGUUCCUCCAAGAGCUCACCAGUGAUAUCCGACCCGUGGACCCGUUUUUCACAGAUCCAGCCUUGUUCCCUCUGCCUUCUUCGGACCCGCGCUACAUUGUCGCGAAGCUGAAACGAUACGAACCGAAGUUGUCUGCUCACAAAGAAGUAUUAGCGUUGACUAUGUUCAUUCAGAGUAUUUCCGAAAGAGCUGCCGUUGACAACCAACAGUCUGUCUUGGUCGAGCAACUGUACAAAGCCGUGAAGGACACUAUCGAAGAUGGAGUGCCAAACCAACCGACACUCCGAGCUGUGCUGCUGCAAAGCGUAUUCCCAGCAUACCUGGAGUGUUCGUUCCUCAAUCCAGCGUCGUGGAUCCUGGCGAGGCCUGUCGUGCUGACGACAACUCUUGUUUUCGGGAACCUGCUGUUCAAUAUUAACGCCUCAAACCAGGCUUGUCUUUCCUCGGUGAUGAUAAUGAUCCAUGCCGUUUUCCACUCGUCAUACCGCGCAUUGCGCCCUCUCUCCAACCGCUCACUGCGACUUCAAGACCCCAUUGUCAUCUCGAUGCUGACAGUCUUCGUCGGGUUAUUUUCGUCUUCUCUCACCAUUAUCGACUAUAUCGACCGGAUCAAUGAACAAGGCGAGGGAUUGAUAUCCUACAUUCAAUGGUUUCUGGAGUUUGUUCAUGCUGUGUCUUUGCAACUUGGAAGCUCAAACCUGGACACAGCGUAUGCGCAUGAUGCUGCCCUGUGUAGUCCUUCUGCGGACCCAUUACCGCGCGCAGUUGCGAGGUUGGCUCCUCAAUACCUCGCCAGCGCCCGACAGAUUGCUCUCGAAGACUACCAAUCAUAUUUGCGCAACUGGACACUUCACCAAGGCAAAUACUAUUACUCUCGAGCCGGCCAUGAUGCUAAAGAAAUUCAGCUCGAGUCGGAGGUUGAGGUGUUAGCGGGCGAUCUGAACGCAGCAAAGAAAGCAUUCACGGAUGCGGUUGACAAGUUUAGAUCUCAAGUCGGCGGAUUAAAUCUGGUGCCCUGA